AUGGUUUUUUCUGCAUCACAAAUACGCUUUGCCCAGCUACUUUUUGCCUUGUUUGGGGUUGCAUUCAUCCUUUUCAAGCUACAACCAAGCACAAAUGUCUCCACCGAGCAGGUCUGGAGCGACCAGCAUGAUUGGGACAAAUUGGAUGCCAUCAGAAACGAAACACUUGGAGUUCAAAAAGUCUUUGCUAUCAACCUUGUCAGCCGGCCUGACAAGCGAGACAGUAUUAUUCUUGGCUCAUCCCUCAGCAAUUUCCACGUCAAAUUCCUCGACGGGGUGACUCCGGAUGGACAAGAUGCUAAAUCCUAUCCAUACAACUGGAACUAUGACCAUAAAACGACCGAGUACGCUGCCCGACGGGCGCAUAUCAAUGGACUACAGCAAGUUGUCCAAGAGAGAUUAGCGAGUGCUAUUAUUAUGGAAGACGAUUCAGACUGGGAUGUAUCAAUCAAAGCCCAGCUUCAGAGCUUCGCCCACGCAGUCAGAGCCCUCCAGUUCCAGGAUACCCAGAAAACUCCGACUCAAUCACCAUACGGUGACGACUGGGACAUCCUAUGGUUAGGCCACUGCGGCAUGUUAUGUAAAACUGAUUUGCCAUUUUACCUUACCCCAAAUGACCCAACCAUCCCAAUGCCCCAUCAUUUUCUUCCCCAGUGGCGCGACCCUCCGGCAUUCGAGGGGUAUGAGAGACCCGAUCACAGUCGACUCACGUGUACAGCAAACGACGGGGUUUGCUCAAUGUUUUAUGCUGUGAGCUACAGGGGUGCACAACGCAUCCUCGCGGCCCUUUCGGUUAACCCGUCUGGUCUCGCAGAAGAAAUUGAUAUUGGUGCCCAGUUUGACGUCUCACUCGGACGCAUGUGCGGUAAUGGAUAUUUGCGGUGUUUUGCACCUUACCCAUCUAUAACUGGUGGCUUCCAUCAGGCAGGGCCAAGAGCAAAGUCUUCCGAUAUCCAUGAUGAGACCAGUGAGCAAGAAGACUUUUUUAGCUGGGGGGUGAUGUAUAGCACAAUGCUCAAUAUCAACCGUAUAUUGAAGGGGGAACGGACUGUUCAUGCAACAUGGGGCGAUGUGGAUGUGUUGGAUGUGAUUCCUGGAGAGAUCACAAUGGGGGAGGGGGCUAUUUAUAUUCCUAAGCGCAUAAACUGA